AUGAAGGGCGCGCUUGACGAUUUCAAACUGAUGCUCACGAGGAACGAGCCCAUCACCGGCCUCGCCAAGGUGGUCGCGUUCCUUGUGCUCUUCGCGCUCGGCGUCGUCGCCGGCCUCUGGGUGUCUGCCGGGAUCCGCCGGUCCCAGGAAAGCAUCGUCACGAGGAGCAUCGGGUUCCAGGGCAGCGGCGGCGGCAUCUGCUGCCGGCCCGACCUGGACCCCGGGUUCGAAGAAUUCGUGGCCCCGACGCGCCUCAUGCACGACAUGACGGACGAGGAGCUGUUCUGGCGCGCCACGCUGGUGCCGGCCGCCGCCAGCAGGUACCCGUUCGAGCGCGUGCCCAAGGUGGCCUUCAUGUUCCUGGCCGGCCACGGCGUCCUGCCGCUGGCGCCGCUCUGGGAGCGCUUCUUCCGCGGCGGCCACGAGGACCGCUUCUCCAUCUACGUCCACUCGCCGCCCGGCGUGGCGAUCAACGUCUCCGAGGACUCGCCGUUCUACGGCAGGCAGAUCCCCAGCCAGGAAACCGAAUGGGGCUCCGUGACGCUGGUGGACGCCGAGAAGCGGCUGCUGGCGAACGCGCUGCUCGACUUCUCCAACGAGCGGUUCGUGCUCCUCUCGGAGAGCUGCAUCCCGGUGCACAACUUCACGACGGUGUACGACUACCUGGUGGGGUCGCGGCACAGCUUCGUGGAGUCCUACUACCGGAACGACCGGGGCUGCCGGAACCGGUACAGCCGGAGCAUGGCGCCCGACAUCACGCUGCGGCAGUGGCGGAAGGGGUCCCAGUGGCUGGAGCUCAGCCGCGACCUCGCCACGAGCGUGCUGGCGGACACCAGGUACUACCCGCUGUUCCGGCGGCACUGCCGGCCGUCGUGCUACCCCGACGAGCACUACGUGCAGACGUACGUGACCCUGCGGCACGGCAUGCGCAACUCGAACCGCACCGUCACGCGCGUGGAGUGGCGCGCGGGGAGGUCCCACCCGGUGACGUACGGCGCCAGGGACGCCACGCCGGAGCUCGUGCGGAGCAUCCGGACCAGCGCCGAGCCCUGCGCGUACAACUCGCGCCCGACGUCCACCUGCUACCUGUUCGCGAGGAAGUUCGCGCCCGACUCGCUCGCGCCGCUGCUCAACAUGUCGUCGACGGUCAUGCACUACUGA